AUGAUACCUAACAAUAAAGAAGCCCCAGUUAUAGUUUGGCUGCAAGGUGGACCCGGUGCUUCUUCUUUAUAUGGUCUAUUUACUGAAAAUGGACCACUGAAGGUGAUAAACGGAAAAUUUGAACGUCGCAAGUACAAUUGGGCACUAAGCCACCAUAUUAUUUACAUCGAUAACCCAGUGGGUACUGGAUUUAGCUUUACAAAAAAUCCCAAAGGCUAUUGUACAAACGAGACACAGGUUGGUGAAAAUCUUUAUGCUACUAUAACACAAUUCUUCCAGUUGUUCCCAGAGUUGCAAGCAAAUAAAUUUUUCAUAACAGGAGAAUCUUAUGCCGGCAAAUAUGUCCCAGCUUUUGCUUACACCAUUUACAAAAAAAAUCCAGAGGCAAAAAUUAAAAUUAACCUGAAAGCGAUAGCUAUUGGCAAUGGUCUGAGUGAUCCUGAACAUCAACUUGUUUACAGCAAGUACUUGUACCAAAUUGGUCUUUUAGACUGGAAUCAAGCAAAGAUAUUUGCCGACUAUGAAAGUAAAACAGUGAAUUUCAUAAAGGAGGAGAAGUGGGAUGAAGCAUUUGAAACAUUUGAUUCCCUUUUAAAUGGGGAUUUGAUUGAUGGUCAAAGCUUGUUUUACAAUAUGACAGGCUUUAAAUAUUAUUUCAACUAUUUGCACACAAAAGAGUACAAGGACUUUGAAGAUUUUGGACCAAUGCUUCAGAAGAGCAUUGUGAGGAAGGCAUUGCAUGUUGGCAAUUUAACAUUUCAUGAUGGUCAUGAUGUUGAAGAACACCUUAAGGCUGAUGUUAUGCAAUCAGUCGCUCCUCUUAUUUCGGAGCUACUAGAUCAUUAUUAUAUUCUCAUAUACAGUGGACAACUUGAUAUAAUUGUUGCUUAUCCUUUGACCCUUAAUUAUUUGAGAAAUCUGAACUUCACUGGAUCUGAUGACUAUAAGACUGCAAAGAGGUACCAGUGGAAGGUUGAUGGCGAGCUGGCGGGUUAUGUGAAACAGGGAGGAAAGUUGGUGGAAAUUAUGGUGAGGAAUGCUGGCCAUAUGGUUCCUGGGGAUCAGCCUAAGUGGGCUUUGGACAUGAUUACUCGAUUGACUCAUGAGAAGACAUUUUAU